CCCCCCCCCCCACCACGGCCUCCACCACCUCUCUGACCCAGCCACCACCCAUGGCGCCAGCCAGAGCAACCACCAGCUAUGGUGACGGCGAAGCUAGAGGCUGCCAGAUCCGGGACCAGGGCGGCGCAUAGCCCCUCCUCCCGUGAGAUCCUCUGCAUCGAGCAGCUCCUCUUCCCGCUGCACCGUCUCCCCAUCCGGAUCAAGCAGUUCCUCUUUGCCCGCUCUACCGACCCCCUCCAUCAGCCGUCGCUACGCAGUACACUUCCACCGCUUCUGCCGCCUCCCAAGUCGUCGUCCUCCCGAUCCCCUCCCCUCCCCUUCCUAUGCUCCGGACACCCCAUCUCCGUCGGGCCGGGCGCCCCAUCCACCUCUACGGGCGGCGUUGGCGUAUGAGCAAUGGCGUCGCCCGGGUCGCGGCGGCGGGCGUACGUGCGGAUCAUGGCCGACACGAUCCUCGGCGGCGGCGGCCACGGCUUCUACGUCAUGCACUGCAUCGAGACCUCCUACAAUGCGAGGAUGGAGGAGAGGCUGCGUCGAUGGCAAGCUUGAGUGCCUCUACCAUGGCUGGCAGUUCGACGGCCAGGGCAAGUGCGUCAAGAUCCCACAGGUUAAUGGAGCAAUGAUGUGGUGGUAUAACAUAUCUGCGGCGGUUCUUCAAGCAGCUUUCCAUGUGGAGGAUCGCGUCCAGGGUAGAGGAGUCUCUGAUAUUGUCCACAUUUUGCUGUCUCUAUUCGUCAAGCUUGUGUGCACAUUAUGUCGUCGUCAAGCCCUCGCGCGGCUCAUGGGCAUAGGCUGGUCCAUGCACGCUGGUGAUGGCGGCUCACCAAGGUUGUCGUCGUCGCCUGCACGCACGAGGCACCUGACGACCUCCUCCAUCGCCAGCCACGAGGACCGGGCACGAGCUGCAGUACAGGUCUCGUACACGAGGAGGCCCUUGUGGUCGCCGCUGGAGGGGCUGGAGCUUGGCGGCAGCCUGGCGGAUGACGGGGGCCUGGACGGGGGCUAUUUCUGUAGCAGGAUGAUAGCUUAAAUUUUGUGAUAAUUUUGGAAUAGCUUCAGCACCUACAGUUAACUUUGCACAAAAGCUUGAGUAAUUUUGCACAUGAAGCUUCUGCUACUGUUAUUCUUGUCAUGAAUCUUCCACCAUUUUCAGUAGCUUAAAUUUGACUUGGUGUAGUAAUCUUGGUGCUUAGUGCUGCUUGUAUCUCAUGCUAAUUGUUGCAUGAGUAGUUUCAGUAGUUUUAUAACAGCAGCAGUAGCACAAAUUUAAUUGAAUUCAAUUAAAAUUUCCAGAAUCUCUUCUUGAUCUAUAAUGUUUUAGUGCAAAAAAGUCAUACCGAGUGAGGUCCAUGUGGUGCUCUGAGAUGCUCUUGGUGGUUUGUUGUCAAGACUGAUACCCCCCGUUUGUCACGAUGCUGCUAGCUUGUUUCAGUCCAGUAUCUCUUCUUGAUAGUCUUGAUAACAUAAUUCAGUCCAGUAACUCUAAUUAAUUAACUGAAUUUAUUUGUUUAAUUAAAUUACAUUGAAACCUUUUAAUUAUAAUUAAAGAAGGGUUUCAGUUUAAUUAAAACUAAUUGAAACCUUUUCGGUUAAUCCUGUUGUAUAAUGUAGUAAUAGAGUAAGUAAUUUAGUGUAGAGUAAGUAAUUAAAGAUAGGCUUGCUGUUAGUAGUAGAGUAAGUAAUUAAGUCCUAUUGUUUACUGUAAGACUUGCUGUUUAGCAAGGCUUGAGUAAUUUAGUGUACUGCAUCUUUAGUUUCAACUGAAAUUUUUAUCAUGCUACUGUGACAUCUACUGUAAAUUUCAAACAAAUGAAAGGAGUACUGUAGUUACAAAUGGAGCCUACAAAUUCUAUACAUCUAUUGUACUCAUUUUUCAGUUAUCUGUAGUUACAAAGCAUUAAUUGUAAGACUGUAACUAAACAUAUCUUCUUAUCCUCUGUCAUUUUACUCAUACACAUGCUUAUGAUCCUGUUAACACAUGCUGAUGCUCAUUUUACUCAUGCACAUGCUCAUGAUCUUCUUAGUUAAGACUGUAACUACUCCAUUUGAUUGCAUGAUCUCUAUUUGAAUGCAUGCUCAUAAGAUUGUAACAGGAGUUCAAUAUAAUAGUGAACAUGCUCAUGAUCUCUAUUUGAAUGCAUGUUCUUCGAGUACUCGCAACCUGCAUCUUGAAUGGGAUCUUCUUUCAUGUUGAAAUCACAAUUUCGGUCAUCAUGACUUCCUCCAGGAAUGCAGGAUCAGCUGCUGCUGCUUGCUGCAGGAUCUGGUUAUCAACCUGAGAUGUCACUGCUCAAGUCAUGGCGACGACCGGGGAUGUAGCUGAUCCAACUUGGGAUGAUGUUGAUGAUCUGCUGCUCAACAAGGUCAUGCUGCUUCGUUUAGCCUCUACGAAAAUUUACAAGAGCUCUAGCCUGGAAGUGAAGAAGUCAGGAGUAUAUUUGUAGUAUAUAUGAUAGUAUGUUGGUGAAAUGAACGAUGUAAAGAUUGUGCUAUUACAAGAGCUCUAACCAAGGACAACCUGAAAAGUAUAUUUGUAGUAUUUUGGCUAAUUGGCAUGUGUUUUGAUAA